AGUCAAAUAAACAUGGUACGGAUGUUCCCACAAAGGGUGAAAAAAAAUCUCGGAAUCGUCGACCUUAAACACCGUACGAUUACAGUGGGACCCAACCGACCAUCCUUCAACACUUGUCUCACAUGGCUCCUUUCCUUUCCCUUCCUCUGUAUUUUUUUAGAAGACUCUCCUUCUUCUCUUGUUUUUUUGUCUCCUUCGUUUCAAAAGAGAGAAAAAAAAGAGAAGGGGUUUUGGUUUUCGGUAUGGAGGAUCUCAUGGUGAAGGAGGAAAUAGUUGAGGCCAUAAAUGGAGAAGAGGAACAAGACCAACAGCAUGAGGAGGUGGGUGCCAUUGCUGGUGGUGAAGAGGAUGAGGCUGUUUCCACCUUGACUAUGGAAAGGGUUGCUGCAGCUAAGAAAUUCAUUGAGAAUCAUUAUAGGUCUCAGAUGAAACACAUCCAAGAACGCAAGGAAAGGCGUUCGGAGCUGCAAAAGGAGUUAGAGUCGUCUCAUGUACCAGAAGAGGAACAAAUCAAUUUAAUUAAGGAUUUAGAGAGCAAGGAGACUGAGUUUAUGCGGUUGAAAAGACAUAAAAUAUGUGUUGAAGAUUUUGAUCUUUUAACCAUUAUUGGUAGGGGAGCCUUUGGUGAGGUAAGACUCUGUCGCGAGAAGAAAUCGGGUAAUAUAUAUGCGAUGAAAAAGUUGAAAAAGUCCGAAAUGCUCAGCAGGGGACAGGUUGAGCAUGUUAGAGCUGAAAGGAAUGUUCUUGCGGAAGUUGUGAAUGACUUCAUUGUGAAACUUUAUUACUCAUUUCAAGAUCCUGAAUUCUUAUAUCUUAUAAUGGAAUAUUUACCUGGUGGCGAUAUAAUGACUUUGUUGAUGAGGGAAGAAACUUUGACAGAAAGUGUGGCUAGGUUUUACAUCGCCCAAACCGUUUUAGCCAUAGAGUCUAUUCAUAAACACAACUACAUUCAUCGGGAUAUAAAACCUGACAACCUUCUGUUAGACAAAUGUGGUCACAUGAAACUGUCGGAUUUCGGUCUUUGCAAACCACUUGACUGCUCAAAUCUAUCAUCUAUAAGUGAAAGUGAAAUAUUGGAUGAUGAUAACUUGAAUGAUACAAUGGACGUUGAUGGAAAUUGCCCAAAUAACAGAAAUGGUAGGCGUUGGAAAAGCCCGCUCGAGCAACUUCAGCAUUGGCAAAUGAAUAGGAGGAAGUUGGCAUUUUCUACUGUUGGAACUCCAGACUAUAUUGCUCCCGAAGUGUUAUUGAAAAAGGGUUAUGGUGUGGAGUGCGACUGGUGGUCUCUUGGGGCUAUUAUGUAUGAGAUGCUUGUCGGUUAUCCUCCAUUUUACUCUGAUGAUCCUGUAACAACAUGCCGAAAGAUUGUGCACUGGAAAAAUCACUUAAAGUUUCCGGACGAGGCAAGACUGACCCCCGAAGCAAAAGAUCUGAUAUGCAAGUUGCUUUGUGGUGUUCCGCAUAGGCUUGGUACCAGAGGAGCAGCUGAAAUUAAAGAUCAUCCUUGGUUCAGAGAUAUCUUAUGGGACAGGCUCUAUGGAACUGAGGCAGCAUUUAAACCGCGGGUCUUUGGGGAGCUUGACACUCAGAAUUUUAUGAAAUUCGAUGAGGUUGAACUGCCAAAGCCAACUCGAACAGGAUCCGGACCCAUCAGAAAGACGCUCUUAACUACUCAAGAUCUCAGUUUCGUUGGCUAUACAUAUAAGAAUUUUGCCGCUGUCAAGGGGAAGCGUCAUUCUAUUGAAAAGGAAAGCCUGUCGCCGCGGUCAUCAAUCGACUCCACACACAGUGAUUCUGCAGUAAACUAUUCCAACUGAUACAAAAUGGAUACCACAAAAGCAUAGGUGGUUGCACCCUACUAGGGUGCUUGUGAAAAGUUACCUAACCUUAUUUUUUCAUGUACAUUAUUACCUUCUUGAGUAGCGAAUAGAUGAAGAUGCGCCUUCGUUGAUGAUGGUGUCUUUUGCCUUACUUUCAGUGCUAACAACAGACACAUAUCAUGCGUAAUAGGUGUGCAGGGAUUGAUAUGUAUUGAUAUGUAUGUAACUUUAGGAAUGGUUCACUUGUUGUAACUCUAUUUUUAUCUCCUUAGCACUAAGACUCCUGAAAAAGGUUGUGUCAGUGUUUGUGUCCGAAAUUGAAAUUGAUACUGAUAUUUGUGAUUAUAUUUGUUUAUUUAUUUUUUAAAAUUAUUUCUGGUGUCAA